UAAAUACAUUACAAAAAUGAGCCUCUACUAUUACUCAGAUGAUUUAGGCAGCUUCUGUAGCGCAGAAUGGAACUAUAACGAGAUCGAUGAGAAAAUUAGGGACGACUACAUAUCUGGGUUCAAGGAAGAUCAUACUUCAGACUAUCAUGAACAAAGAAUCUACCUCAAUAGGAUUUCCAACCCUUCAGUACUGGUUCCGAGGAUAAAGUUUCCAGCUUCUAAAUGCUCUCAAUCGAAGAAAAAAAUGACAAGGAAUCAAGACAAGCUUUUAAGAAUUUGAUGUAAGUAUGUGAGGCAAGAUUCACCCGAACUUCACCAGCCAUGGGUAAGAAGAGGGCCAAAGCCUCUAAGUAAACAAGUUCCUGCGAAGAAGUUGCGGAUGCCCACUAAUGAAGUCCCAAAAAUAUCACAAAAGAUAUCGAUGAUUUCUCAUAAACCCUCCAAAUUUUACAGUUCGACUCCAAGUUCUUUCCAGAAUAGUUCAAUUGCAAAAUUUCCUGAAGAGCCAAUGACUCUCAACACAACACUAUCAUACCAUAAAGUACAUUUAUAUAGUCCGGAAAAAUAUUAAUCAGAUUAAGAUAAUGUAUACUUUAAGGAUCUCU